GUCUCUGAGGCGCGCGCUCACCUUGUCUUCAGCGGCAUGCGGAGCAGGAUAUGGGUGACUACCGUGCACAGCCUCGGACAGACUGAAACAACAGCGUGUGUCACUAACCCUGGAAAAGUAGGCUACUAAGAUGCCCAAAAGUGAUACUUGGCUAGGUGACACUGGACUGCAGACGAUGAAUGGCAUGGACAGUGCUGGCAGCUGUGACAGUGUGGUCAGUGCUAAUUCUGGCUUUAGUGAUGAUAGUCUGGAGCACUUGUCUGCUGAGGAGAAGGCCUGUCUCAUGUUUUUGGAAGAGACUAUUGAGUCUUUGGAUACCGAGGAGGACAGCGGACUCUCCAAUGACGAGCCUGAUCGAUUGCCCAGCCCUGGCAGCCUCACUACUAAAGUGGCUGACCUGUCAGCCUCCAUGAGCAAAAGCAAGCUCGAUGACUCACAGACAUCAACCAAUCACCAGAAACCAAUCAACAAAAAUGCUGACACCAAGCCCAUGCACAGCUACCUGGUUCCUACCCCUCUUGUUGUUGCAAUCAGUGCUCCCUGUUCUGUACUCGGUACUAAACCGGGCACUCCUGCAGUCCAAACGGUCUCCUCCAAGCCUCAGUUUGAAUCUAAAAACAACAAACCAGGCUACAAAGACAACCAGAAAGCAAUUGUUCCCCCAGUACCUUCAGAGGCUGAUGUUAUACCUCCUUCCACAAAACCCUCAGUGAGGACAGCUGAAGGUCCUUUACCUAGAGGACCUCUGUCCUAUGAGGCACUAGCACAUUUGCGGAGGAGUGCCUCCACAAAGAAGACCCCUUUAUGCCCCACAGUUGAUCAUACUAUAGACUUAGACAAGGGUCUUUCUGCUCCAGUUGAAGGCCCAACACUCAGAAAUCUGCCAAGACCUGACAGACCCUGGUCAGAGGUUUCUAGGUCUAAGAAAAGCCCUCCAGUUGUGCCCCCCAAACCCAAAAAGAUUCCUGCCAACAUAUCUGCAAAAACACAAAAUGAAGCAUCUCUAAUCACAGAUUCUUCACACAGUGUCAAGAAUGCAGCAGAUCCCCAGGUAGUGAGAGUGGAAGCUUUGCAGAAGCUGGGGCUCCUGAAAGACCAAGAGCCAGAAAAUGAUAAAGUAGCUCCAUUGCCUCCACCCAAACUUAACUCCUCCUUGGAUGUAACAACUGACAGGUUUACAAGAGGUCCAGCUAAUUGUAAUCCAUCAAGGAGUGAAUUAUUUUGUAACUCUCAAGUGCCCAAAGAAUCCAAGAACAGGCCUCUGCAGACCAGUGCCAAUUUGCAUCAGUACACCAGACACAACCAGCAGCCUGUGUCAGCAUCACAUCCUGCUCAAUCCUAUGGGCAGAGGACGGCUAAUCCGGAGCGCUCUGCUACCCUAGAAAACCACAGAAGUAGUGGAAACUGCUCUGAACCACAAAGCAUCAAAUCAGCCAAGCCAGCAAUGAUGACCGCCACCACCGCAGCUCCCCCAGUACCCCAGAAAACCUCAAAUUUAGUAGGCUACACCGUGAUGGUGGUGCCUGGGAUGGGAGGUGAUCGAAAAGAGGCUCUCAAAAAGCUUGGACUUCUCAAAGACUGAAACAGCAGAUGCUUGCUGGUGUAAAUGCAAUGCUCAGAAAGAACACAACAGCACGAUCAGCUUAAAGAGAGUUAGAGCAUUAAGUGGAAAUCUGGCACUUGGCACUUUGUCAAAUUAAAGCAGGAGAGGAAUUUUUUAAAGGGCUAUACCAGCACUUACAAUGUAGAACAUAUAGUCAUCUAAAAGGUAGUUUUUUGUUUUUUUUUUAAUUCAAAAUCAUUUUCAUGCACUCACAAGACUGGUAUCUUAAUCUAUUGCCAUCGUAACAAAAUGUUGUUAUAGAAAUUUUAAACCCAACAGGCAUAAGACAUCAAAUCAAAGACAUGCACAUGGGUGUGCCUAAAUCAGCAGAAUUUAUAUCUUACUCAUUGUUUUACAAUUCACAGAUGUGCCUGUAAGUGGGUUUUUUUGAGUACAUUUCUUGGAGCGAAGCCUCAAAGCACCAUAUCAGUUCAUGCAGUCUUUUAAUGUCAUGACAUUUUGAAAGAGCUUGGGGAUGAUUUUUCAGUACUUGUCUCCAAAACGAGAUCUUGUGCAUCAAUCGUUUUUCUACUAUUUUUUUUUUUUUACAGUGGAUUAAAGAGUGUUCAAAUGUGUUUAUGUAACAGCCUUCAUUGUUUAAAAACUGAAAAUGUGAACGGUUACGCAGAAUGAAAAACAACAAUGAUCUAAUCAUUUCUAUCUAUUCCACAAUGUCAAUGAAUGUCACUGAAAAUAAAGUUU